UGGGAACGCGUCUUCAACCAACUCCGCCACAUCAAUCCACAUCUGAGAUUUAAUGAUUGAUGUCCACAACAUUUGUGCCACGCUGGUCGACCAGAUAUAAGGAAGGCAGUCAUUUCUGUUGUCUUCUUAACUCUUCCUCUUCACCAAUCCUGCUCGUAACACUCAAUCAGCGUAAUCGCUGAACACCUAGUAUCAUGUCCCCUGCCGGCGAGACUGAGUCUACUCCUCCACGCACCAAUGCACCAGCUCAUGGUGCUAGCAAAAUAGAAUCAACCCCAAACAGCCGUGGGGCUUCUGUUGUCAGCGAGAACAUCGGGGUGCUCGGUGUCAAAGUUAAGAACGUCGGCCCAUGGAUUCAACGGGAUAUUGAGCAGGUCAAGGAGUGCAAGGCAGAUGCCAUGCUGCAAGCCCUCCUUCAGCGCGCUUCUUCUGCUCCCGAGACCGAACAGCCCGAGCUUCUGCAAAAGUGUCUCAAGGCGGUUCUGCCUGUUUGCAACGGGCAGGCUUCUACUGCCCUCGUAAAGUCUUCUGACAUUGAGACAGCCCUCAACGAAUACGUAUGUCCAGGAGUGGAGAACAACUUCUACGGCCCUUUUAUAAGAGCCACUAACGUCGCCCUCGCUUGUCUUGAAGAGAUCAAGAUUGAUGGGAUGCGUGCUCCUGUCCCUACCGUGGACAUGAUCUGCCAGCAGAACGAUAUGCCCAUGCACCAGAUGCACCAGACCAAGAAAUCAAUUCGGAAGCCCGACCUCGUGAUUCUUCCUUUGAAUAGCGCAUGCGCUCCCUUCCAGGAUGAGACGGGCAACAAGAAGGGCAAGCAGACCAACAAACAGAAGGGCACACAGAAGAACGACGAGAAGGACGACGAGCAGCGCAAGAAGAAGCGCAAGGCUCAUAUGGACACGAAUGCAACAGCUAAGCCGAAAAAACUUCCAUGGAAAGAUGUGCUAGCUUGCAUCGAGUUCAAAAGAAAGAUAGCUGGGAGGACGAAAGGGAUUAAGUCACCAUCCUCUACGUAUACAGUGACAGACCAUGUCCCUACCAAACCAGAGUAUCUGCCGGUGGAUCAUCUUAAGGCUCAAGUACCUGCGCCAGGCCCUUCGCAUACCCCAGCAACACAACCUGCGUCUGACACUGCACUAGUUCAAUCUUCUGGCCUUACUACUGCACAACAUUCCAAGGGCGGGUCUAGCUCCAAGCGCAAGGCCGCAGACACUUUGGAAUCCACCGCGAAAAAAUCUAAGAUGGAUACCAAUGACAUGGAUGCUGACGCGGACGCGGAUCUAGAUGUGACCGUUCAGACGGGUCUGUACGCCGCUGAGAUGUUUGCGGCCAAUCUUGGAGUCAAUUAUUUGCUGAAUAUGAUCGUCGUCGACGAUGUAAUGUGGAUCUGGUAUUAUGAUCGGCAAGGGAUCGUUCAAUGCUCAGGUAUCAACUUCAUUCAAGAUCUCCCGCGAUUUAUGGUGCUGUUGUAUGCUUUACAACGCUUCGAGCUUCACGAUUGGGGCCGAAACAAAGACUUCCUCCCAAUUGAAGUUGAGGGCAAACUAUGCCACGAAUUCAAAAUCGAUGAUGAAAACCUUGGAGAGGUGGAUUUGCUCCUUCAUACCAGCCACGAUGAAAGAGUGACGCACUACGGACUGCAAGGACGGGCCACCAAUGUGGUCCCUGUCACUAGCGAAGUGCUCACGAAGAAAUACGGCAAGUUCGAGGAUGGGAUGGUGGCCAAGAUCUUUUGGGGAGAGGCGAGUCGCACUAGCGAGCCGGAGAUCCUGAAAAAGGUUGAGGAGAUCGCCAAGAGGCACGCAACUGUCCAAGACCAUGUUCCUCACCUGCUUUGGCACCACACGUUCACAAAUCCCACAGCCGCCAUCCGAGAAGCGCUCGGUGUUCCGGAACCCACUACAGGCAGUCGCGUGCUCUACAUUCUUGUAUUCCGCAAGCUCCUCCCCAUCGCCCAGCUUCACGGCAAAGAGCUUUUUGACGUCUGGCGGCAGUGUAUUUCAUGCCACCUUACUCUGUGGAAGGAAGGGGUCCAUCAUCGAGAUGUCAGUCCUGGAAAUCUGAUGUGGUACUGGAAAGACGACAAGCGGAUAGGCGUUUUGAAUGACUACGAUCUAUCCUCGUUAGCAGAUGACUCAGGUCCUCGGGGCAAUGAGCGCACGGGCACGGUGCCGUUCAUGGCGCUCGAUCUCCUCACCGAAGAGGGUCAAAGAGGCGAAGUCAAACACCUAUAUCGUCAUGAUCUGGAGUCGUUCAUUUGGUGCUUCGCCUGGAUAUCCUUGCGUUACGAGAAUGGGGUCCUCCUAUCACGGAGAUUGCGCCCCUUGGAUGAAUGGGCGACUUUAGGCGCUGUGGCAUGUGGCGAGAAGAAGUACCAUUUUCAGGGUAAUGUGAAACCUCCCGCACGCUCCCACAUAGACUCGUCACUAUGGGCGUUUCUUGUGGGCUGUUUCGAUGUGCUUGAGACACACACCUUCAAUCGACGCAAACAACUAAUACGAUCGAUAAUAGACGCAGACCAGCCGACGACCUCCGAGGAGUCAGAAUCAGAUUUUGAUGGUUUUCUCCAGUCAUUCGAGAAUACCAAGGGCUGGGCUGCGCUUAGCAAACUUCUACCAGAAUCUUCACAGUGAUUUUCUUUGCCCAUUACACUAGCUACGGUUUCCUGGCUCUAAUACUUGCGUCGAUUGCCCGUGUUUGAUCCGUCUCCAGUAGGUAAACCAAAUGAAUAGAUGCAUGAUAGUGACUCGCCAUUACGCAGAAUGGAACAACAGAAACUGUCAUGUUUAGUAGAUGACGGCUGAUUAAUGAUUUCCAACAAAAGUGCA